AUGUACUUGGACCACCACAAAGAGCACAGCUUCUUCGAUGCUUUGCUGUAUCAUCCGCUGAACGCCUUCGCCUGCGUGAACCUGCUCAUUCAGCUCGUGCUGGUCUACCUCGUGGUGCCGUGGGUGCGGCGCUCCAGCCAAAAGCAGAAAGCAGAGGAGUUUCAGCAGAAGACGGGCGGACUCAGCUUGGCGGAGGUCACUGCUGUGGCAACGCGUGUGUCGAUGGCGGUCGAGGAAAAGCAAGGAUCCAGCAGCAAGAUCCGCGCUCAAUCCGGUCUCAGGUCCAGCAUAUUCCACGACAUGCCAGACGACCUCGGUGAGGACAACUUUGUCGAAGUCCUGAAUGCUGUUGGAGAUACCUUCGAGGCGCUGCUCUUGGCAAGUCAGGCUGACAGCCCGCGGGUUCGCUGCGCUGUGCUGCGGGUUGCCAUCCAGCCCCUCUCUGAGGCUGGGCCCUCCAAGCUCCUGCAGCUGCUGCCACUCAUCCUUCCCCAGUUGCUUUUGGUGAAAGCCAAGGUGAUAAGUGCGGAGUCUUUGGCGGCCGUGGCCACGAGCCAGAGGGCCGGUGGUCUGAUCCGAGAAGUUUGCCAGAGUGCCUCCUAUGCCUCCUCCAGUAUGACGGGUACUACGGGUACUCAGAGUCAGAGCCUGAACUCGGAUCCUUUCAACGUGCGAGCAGAGGAGCUGGCCAUGCAGGACUGCUCUCUUGGAGUGGAGGUCCGCAGGAUGUGGUCGGAGCAGGAGCUCGUCCGGUCCUUCGGGGGCCGGAUGUCUCCGGGCACGCCUGAUGGCAUGUUCGAGACAUGGGACGGGCGGCUCACCUGUGUACAGGUCGUGCGUGUGCCACUCGUGAGGGAGGCUGACACCUCCGCAAUGCAGCAUACCCUGACUCAGACCAUCCUUGCCAAGGUUGUCAAGUCGCAGACAUGGCUGCGGUUUGCCCAUGUUAUGCCCCACGAUUUCAUCAUCUACUGCUGGUUACCAUAUCGCAUCCCGGACGAGGUGAGCCAGCACGUGGAUGUGUUGAUGUCAAAUCUUCGCAAGCUGGAUGCGCGCUUCUCCGUCAGACUCCGGCUUCCAGCGGAGCCAGAUGCCAUCUUCCCGGCGCUCUUCGCCAGCAACUACGAGGAGAGGCUGCGGCUGCGUAGCCGGAGCUUGUCAGAGACAGACGUGUCGACAUUCCUGGAGGGCGACCACCAAAACGAAGACGAUGAUGACGUCUGCGAGUGGGACAUCACUUGGAAUUGGUCUGAGGAGGGCGAUCCCGAGCUGGGCGAGGACGAGCCUUUGGGCUCACCGGACAGCCAGCCCAGCGAGGGUCAGGAGGAUCAGGUCUAUGCUGCAGAGCGGAAGGGCAGUUCUCCUCAAGACUCUCCUCUGGCAGAGCCAGAGGAAGUCGUCUUGGAGUGGACUUUGACAUGGGACGACAACGGGCUGCAUUGGCAUGUACAGAGCUGCGAAGCGCAGCACGGCCGCGGCAUCACCAAGUCUAGCGAUGUGAGCCGGCGCCGCAGGUCUUCUGGUGGGCGAAGCUUCUCUGCAGUUCCUUCGGGCACGAAGCAGGCUGCCUUCAACAGGCGCGGAGGUUUGCAGAGCCAGGGAUCCCACCGCGCCUGGGCCAGUGCGGGUGCCUUCCUGGGCGCUGGCUGCGCUCGUGCUUCCCGGUCUGGGCGCCGCAGCCUUCAGGCCAAGGACCAGGAGUUGGAUGGGGAUCCCACGGUGCCACAGGACGGCCCGGCGACAUCAGAAACCUUGGAGGAUGCCGAGGUUCCCUUCGCCGAAGCAAACCCGAUGGCGGCUGCGGAGGAAUUCGCUCCGAGUGAAGAGCUCUCAGAGACGGAGGCCUUUCUUGUCGAAGAGCUCGGCCUCACGCAGAAACAGAUGCGGAAGAUCCGCACCUUCUGGUCCUACAGCGGCGACAGGCUGCCACCACUGACACGGUGUCAGAUGAUUGCAGACUAUCUGCAGCAUGAUGUGGGCCUCAACCAGGAUCAGCUGUGCAGGACGAUUGCUGACUGCCCGGAGGCGCUCGAGGUGUUCUCUGUGGAGACUCUGAAGGAGAAGGUGCGCUUUCUUGAAGUCGAGGUGGGAGUGGAAGAACCGGACCUUCCAGAAGUUGUAGCGGCCUAUCCUCAGGUCCUCUCCAGGCCGAUCUUGACCACCCUCAGGCCUGCCUUGGAAUUUUGGAUGGGCCCGGCAAACGUGGAUCCCGAGGAGCUGCCGGCGCUGCUCAAGAGGCAUGCCAUGCAGAUGUGGAUGAGGCCAGAGGCUCUGAAGUUGAAGCUGCGCUUCGCGAAGGAGGUUAUGGGCCUGUCCUUGGCGAAGGUGCUGGCAUGCUCAACGCCCUUCUUCCGCCUCUCCAUGGAGAAGACUGUGGCUCCAAGGCACUUCUUCAGCAUCCAGCGGAAGGUCUCCGGCUUGAGUUUGGAAGACAAAGUCGGUGGCUCUGAUGCCGCGUUUUGCAAGAAGAUCGGUGCAAAGCCUGCCGAGUACAAAGAGUUUCUGGAACAGUGGCCCUUCAGUGAUCAGGCGCGAUCUCUGGCGUGGCUUCAACCUCCAAGGAAGAGGAGGUUUCGAAGCAACUGGAGUGGUCCGAGCCAAAGCCUCGGGCUACAUCCUGGAAGUGCCUCAGCAGUAGGAAGGCAAAACGUAAAGACGAGCGUAUAA